AUGCGCAGGACCGACUCUGCUGCCGCCGCCGCCGCCGCCGCCGCUGCCGCCGCCGUCGCGAUUGCGCUCGCCGCCGCCAUUCGCGACGGCGGCGGCGCUGCCGUCGGGCUGGACUGGGGCGACUGCAGCACCGGCGCGCGGUGGCUGCCUCGAGCCCGCAGCCCUCUGUGGGAGCCGCAGGUGGCAGACUUCUUCCCGGCGCUCGCCGGGUGGGGCUCUGUCCCAGACGACGAAGCGGCGCAGGCGACGGCGCCCGCCGAGGAGGCACCGCCGCGCCGCGCACCAUUUGCGCCGCUGGCACGCGAGUCGGACAUCACGGCGGAGCGGUUCGCGGAGCUGGCGGCGCUCGGCCAGCCCUUCAUCGUGGAGGAUGCCGGCCGCGACCUGCCGCUGCUCGGCCUGUCGUGCGAGGAGUACGCGCGGCGCUGGCCCAACGGCUCGAUGCGUGCCGAGUACCUCGAGGGUGAGGAGUGGGGCGGCGAGUGGGGCUUCUUCCGCGACGAGGCGGAGGGAGAGAACAAG